GUCCUCCAUGAACUGCUUUCUUGCACAGCCAGGUGAGAGCAGGGCAGAUAGCACCCACAUGUCUUACAGCGCAAAGAUGCUGGUACUAGUUCAAUUGCCUAGUUAAAUAAAAAAAAGAUAUAUAUUUGUAAUACGUCGCAAAAAAAUUGGCCCGUCCAUCCCAGUGACCUACCUAGCAUGCAUUGGUACUGAAUCUGUUCGAAUGACGGAGUGCGGGGCUGACUUCCUGCACCUCGACGUUAUGGACCGUCAUUCUGUACCCAACAUCAUGUUCGGUCAUCCCUUGGUGGAGUGCCUGAGGAACUGUGUGGGGCCAGACCCUUUUUGAUAUGCACGUGAUGGUAUCGGGGUCAGAGCAGUGGGUGAAACCCAUGGCAGGAGCCAAUCAGUACACAUUCCACCCGGAGGCCACCACCAAUGCUGGAAACCUCAUCAAGGAGAUCAGAGAGAGCGGCAUGAAAGUGGGCCUGGCCAUAAAGCCUGGGACUACAGUAGAGGAGUUGGCACCGUGGGCUGGACAGAUCAACAUGGCUCUGGUCAUGACUGUAGAGCCUGGCUUUGGAGGCCAGAAGUUCGUGGAGGACAUGAUGCCCAAGGUGAGCUGGCUGAGGAGUCAGUUUCCCUCUCUGGACAUUGUGGACGGAGGAGUGGGUCCUUCUGCCAUCCAUAAGUGUGCGGAGGCGGAUGCUGACAUGAUCAUGCCGGACUGUGACCACGUGUAACCAUGACUGCACAGGACCUCCUUCACCUGCGGGCCCCUUAUGUGGGGAGAAACUCAUUCUGACCGGCUGGGCCUGGCUCCCAAAUGGGUGAGCUUAUGCCCUCCCAGGCCCGUGCCAAGUCUUGUGAAAUCCAUGGAUUAGGGCCUAAUGACUUUUAAAUAAAGUUCCUUAUAUGAACUGUAACUCAGCGAAAUCUUAAGACAUUGUUGCAUUUAUCUUUUCGUUCAGUGUGUAUUGCAGCCCUGAAUCUGCAAUAAAAAGAAUACAAUGUAGCUCUGGUAAUAUGGGUCAUAUUUGAACAGCUAGGGCAGGGGUCUCCAACCAUUUCUAUCCAAAAGGCUACUUCAUAUAAAAAAGGAUAAAAAUCACCAAAGUUGAUGAAUAGAAACAAAGAAAAGCACUGAUUACAUCAUUGUGUUUUGGUUCUUAAAAUCACACCUUUUGAAUAGGUGCCUUUUUUUAUUUCAAACACCAGUAGUGCAACUAAUGUUUUCUAACUGCACUGAACCAACACAGUGGCUCACCGGAGCAAAGCAAAACUUGUGGUCAAAACCAUUCAUCUUGAGGCGACAGGGGGAGGUGGUGAAAAAUGCAAUCUGUUCAUUAAAAUCUAAAAUGGGUGGGUUUUAAUACAAACUAGCUUUAACAUUGCUAAUCAUUGAAAAUGACAAAUUAAACAAUGAUUCAUGAUCAUUUUCUGGUUUAAAAAAGUGGGGGUGCAAAAACAAGUUUGUACCCCUAUUUUGAAAGUGGAGGUACAGCUGUUCCGUUUGCUCCAUUGUUCAGGCGCCUAUGUCCGGAGGUUCAUAGAAGGAAAUAUGUAGAAGGGUCAGGAGGAAUGUCAACACCUAAGGUUGCACUGAACAUGUUUUUAUUGCAAUAAACUGACAGAAUAGCAAAGUGCCUUUUGAAUGAUAGCAGUGGUUACUAUUCAAUAGAAUAUAUAUCAGAAUAAAAAUCAACAAAAACAUGUCAUAUACACGAAAACACAAUAAGCGUCUAAAAAAAGCUAUGGCCUUUUCAUUUCAGUGCACUAUCAUUUAUCAUAGACUUGGAAAAAUAACAAAAAUACAUCACUGGAAAAAAGCAGCACUGGCUGAACUGAACACUUCACCACAAAGUAAUUUUCCAGCUAAAUCUGGAGCCACAGUCACUGCAUGCAGCCCUCGGAACGCAGCUACAACACUGUCGGAGCGUCUGGAGAGCAUUUAGGAUUUCGUCUAAGGAUGUUGAUUACUACAAAAACACCGUUCAGAGUACAACACAGCUCCAAUUACGCACUGUGGCACUGUGACAACACACCAAAGCCGCACCCCUCCACUUCCUGGUUUAGAUUCAGAGAUCCUGCAUGCUGCUCAGGGAUUUGCCGAUUUCCUUAUCACUGAAUUGUGGCAAAACCAAUGAAAAAUGGUUGAAGUUUAAAAAUGAGGGUCCACCUCUGUGCAGAUGUUGGACCAGAUCUUAUCUUAGCGUCUUGGGUUCGUGACAGGGUUGAGCACAGUUGGCAUGAGCUGCUCUUUCAACUGCCUAAAAACAACACGUCUAACCCAAUGAUGGAUAGAUCUAGCCUAGCGCGAAUAAGUAAAUAUCACGCUGCUGACCUAACCUGCUAACAUAGCCUGGUGCUACAGCUACACACAUGAAAGCAUUGUUCUAUAGCUGUCAACCAAUGCAGGUGAUGAGGCCUUCCGCGCUCUCAGGAUCUGAAUGGCAGAUGGAAAAGAAUAGAAACAACCAAAAAGUUGUUCUCCCUCCCCCAUAAAUAUGCUGUUCAAAGUGACUUCCUAUUCUGUAGAUCCGUCUGACACUUGGCACAGGAAGUGAAGGGCUUGGCAUCGCUCGGUCACACAAACACGACGCUAAAAAGUUUGAAGGUUACAAAACAUCAAAACGCUUCCUGCAAUAUUGUCAUGCAAUAUACAUUUCGACACGAUUGAGAAGAGAAUGACGAGAGCUUUCAGCAGUCUGGCAGUGAAAGGGUUAUUUUACGGAACAGGAAUGUCACACUUCCUCUCCCGGCCGUUCCAUACUAUGGGAAUGUGACUGAUUCCUAACCCUUCUGCCAAGUGUACUGUAGGGAAGGGGGAAACAUCCACAGUCCACGAGAGGCCGGCUUCGGUCCAGUCAUCAAUGGCAGUCUAAUGCAUUUCUAUGAAGCUCACACAUCCUAACUAGGUGUCACGGUACAUUUCAAUAAAUAAACAAGACGAGCAAAAGCUUAAAGUGGAUCAUUUUGUGACUCUCGCUGUUAAUCUACUGUACAUCCUAUAGUAAAGCUGCUAGGUUUCCAAUACAGGUAUCGAGCAUUUAAUAACUGUGUCCACACUGGCCAAAACAUAAAUCUUCAAUGUGAUGCCACUGACUGCGCAGAACAAAUUAAUCUAGCAUUUCUAGAUCUACGACAUUUCAGUGCCUGUGACUAUGGACGCCCAAUGUUAUCAUGACUUUGUAUCUGUGUGGUGUGGUUGCCUGGCAACACAAGUCAAAGAGCAGUACUUGGAGAAUUCGAAAAAGACAUGUACAUGAACUAUGCAAAACAGUAUAAAAUAACAAAAAUAUAUAAAUGAAGGUACAAAAAAUCCAAAUAAAAUCAGACAUGAUAUUAAUUCUCAUGGUGUGUUGGUAAUCUGUGUUUGGGGAUGCUUUUGUUUUCUCUACACGUUGUCCAAAGAGCUGGUUGUGUGUGCGUGUGUGUGUUUUAAUAUGCAUGUGCUUAACCUCUACACACAUCUCUAGUGAUGAUAUGUCUUGUGGCUCAGCUCCCCCUCUACAGGAAUUUCUAAGA